GAUGCCUCAGAGGGAAAGCGUUUUUAUGAAUAUUAAAAAAAAUAUGCAUGAAUAAAUACGCGGCACGGGCAAAGAAUGUGAUACGCUAAUGUAAGCCCCCUCUGCUGUGUACAGUACGCCUGAGAGCCUGUGCCAUUUCACUCGAGUCUCUCUCCCCUUCUCUCUGCAAACACAAAUAGCUGUUGCUAUUCUUAGAGUACUGAAGAUAUCUAGAGGAGACAGGCUACCAUCACAGCCUCAGAUGUAUCAACAGAUUACAGAAGAUCUCCCUCAAAGGCUUGAAGUGCUGUGCCAGGUCUCCAGCCACACAGACAACCGUUCAAAGGCUCCCAUCUUCUCACUUGGAAGUGCUCACAAGGUAAGUUUUAAACAUAUUAACUUGAAAAAAACAUUUUAGUUUCUACAGAGGAUCACAACCCAGCAGUGAAGACGACAAGCCGAAAACGAACAAGAGCAAUGAAGACUAGGCUGGGAUGUUUAUCCAACAAAUCAGAUUCAUAUAGCGAUUUUACAGCUUUUCUUCCACAAGUGCCAGAGAAGGCAGGCCGCUGUUUGAAGUUAUCCACAGAAGAAGCAUUGAGGUGGACAGAAUCUUUUGAUGUCCUUCUGUCUCAUAAAUAUGGUCUGGCUGCUUUUAGAGCAUUCCUCAAAACGGAGUUCAGCGAGGAGAACAUUGAGUUCUGGCUGGCAUGUGAAGACUACAAAAAGACGAAGUCCCCAGCAAAGUUGGCCUCCAAGGCAAAGAAAAUUUAUGAAGAGUUCAUUGAUGUCCAGUCUCCUAGAGAGGUAAACAUUGACUUCCAGACAAGGGAAACAACAAAGAGAAACCUUCAAGAGCCGACGGCCUCCUGCUUUAACAUGGCUCAGGGACGAAUCCACAGCCUUAUGGAAAAAGAUUCUUAUCCAAGGUUCUUGAGAUCAAAAAUCUACAUGGACUUGUUGAACCAGACGCAGACCCAUUCUCAGCGGAGAUUCAGUUAGCCGUUCAGAUCUAGAAGAUCCCUGAAGUGUAAAACUGUAUAUUCACGAACACGGCUUUGGAUUUGGAGUUCUCGGGCCUGAAAAUGUUGCUUGAAUUACUGUACAUGAUGAUUAUUAUUUAUUGUAGAAUUUUAGGAGAAACAUUUUAGGAUAUGAAUGCAAGAGUAGAAAUCAAUGAAAAUUCAAUGAUUAAAAAGCUUUCUGACAGUAUGCAUAGAUUUAGUAAAUAAUGUUACUUUUCCACUAGUACUAGGAACCAGACCAAACAAGGCUAGGCUCACCUCCUCUUAAGUUUCCAAUACUUUCUCUUCCAAUACUUCUAGGCAAUAAGCUGUGAACCUUUGUGGCUUUUUUAAAUUCCUGCUUAACAACUGUAAAGAGCUAGUGGUGACAUCAUGAUGAAACUUGUGUUGUCGUGUAGAUGACAGACCUCUGCUGAAAGCUUUAUUUCUUUAUGUGCAGGUUUUAAACACUCACUAUAGUUGUUUGGACUUGUGUUACUUUGUGGAAUCAUCUCAUCCAAUGUGAAGGCAUCCAAAAAGUAUGGCAAGCCAGAAGCAGACUGCAAGCACCUAAAGACAUUGUUUAGCACAACUUGGAGACUUUGAUCCAUGAUAAAGUGUUG